ACAAAACUGCGGGAGGGGAGAGAGCGGGACGACAGACGAAACGACGACGCUGAGUUCCGGGCAGCAAUGGCGCUUCUCCAGUCGACGGUCCUACCCUCCUCCGCCUUCUCCUCCUCGGAGUCUCCGCUCUCUGCUCCCCGGCCGAGCUUGUGUCUGAUCGCCGCGCACCGUCUGACCGGCCUCUCCCGGCUGCCACGCUCCCUUCGCCUCCUGACGGUCGUCGGCAGGCCCGGAUCCGCCGUUGUCGGCUCUAGACCUAACGGCAGCUCCUUCCGCUGCUUCGCUUCCGCAUUGACUCCUGAGCUAAAGUCGACACUUGACAAGGUGGUUACGUCGAACAAAGUGGUGGUUUUCAUGAAGGGAACCAAGGAUUUUCCUCAGUGCGGGUUCUCGAACACAGUAGUGCAAAUUUUGAAGUCCCUCAACAUGCCUUUCGAGACGAUCAACAUCCUAGAGAACGAGAUGCUGCGUCAGGGUUUGAAGGAGUAUUCUAGCUGGCCUACCUUUCCUCAACUUUACAUUCAAGGUGAAUUCUUCGGUGGAUGUGACAUUACCGUUGAGGCCUAUAAUAGCGGGGAAUUGCAGGAACUGCUGGAGAAAGCGAUGUGCUCAUGAAGAAAGCUAUUCUUGAAGCUGCGCCUAUCACCAUGAUGGCUUUCUGGUUCACUGUUUGGUUUGGCCUGCUUCUAACUGCUAAAAUUAUUUGAAACUGCAUAUAUGAGCGAGCGCAUGUAAUAAUUGAAGAAAAAUUGAAAUAUUGGCAACGUACAUAGUCAGUUGAAAUCGGAUCGAAUGCUUUCCAUAUGCAUUGGAAGUU